AUGGAUGAAGGGAUAGAGAUUUCCAUCGAUGGGAACUCCCUGAUCAAAGCCGUCCAUCAGAGCCGGCUUCGCCUCACAAGACUCUUGCUAGAAGGAGGCGCCUACAUUAAUGAGAGCAAUGAUCGUGGGGAAACACCGCUGAUGAUUGCUUGCAAGAGCAAACAUGUUGAUCACCAGAGCGUCAGUAAAGCCAAAAUGGUGAAAUACCUGUUAGAAAACAAUGCUGACCCCAACAUACAGGACAAAUCUGGCAAAACUGCUCUCAUGCAUGCUUGCUUAGAAAAAGCAGGUCCUGAAGUUGUUUCGUUGCUUCUAAAGAACGGGGCGGACCUCACCUUGCUAGACCAUUCCAGUUACUCAGCGCUUGUUUAUGCUAUAAAUUCAGAAGACAGAGAGACACUCAAAGUUCUGCUUCGUGCUUGCAAAGCAAAAGGGAAAGAUGUCAUUAUCAUAACGACCGCAAAAUCGCCCUCUGGGAAGCACACUACCAAACAGUAUUUGAAUAUGCCUCCUACGGAUGUAGAUGAGAGUAAUUUCCUGGCUACCUGUGCUACGCCUUCAGAAAUAGACAUAAGCACAGCCUCGUCACCACUGCCGCAUUCUGAAUCAGAAAUGACUCCUUUUGACUUUAACGAUCUGGAGGCCUCUGGGAGCAGCGAUGAAACCUGGGAACCAGGCUCGCCUGUGUGGAAGCCUGCUAUCACCCCAAAUGGGCCCAAGCUGCCCCAGGCUUCGCCCUGGAUCAAGAAUACCCCCUCCUUAAUGCUUCAGAACAGAGUGGCCUCUUUGCAAGAGGAGCUCCAGGAUAUCACCCCAGAGGAAGAAUUAUCCUACAGAACCAAUGGGCUGGCACUUUCUAAGCGAUUCAUCACAAGACACCAAAGCAUUGAUGUUAAAGACACUGCACAUUUGUUAAGGGCCUUUGAUCAGACUGAUUCGAGAAAGAUGUCAUAUGAUGAAAUAAAUUCUCAGUCGUCAUUCUCAGAAGGAAAUCAGGGGAUUGAGUUCCCUGUUGACCAGGACCCAGAAACUAACCAGGCAAUAUUUACUUCCACCUUAAGAAGUAUAGUUCAGAAAAGAAAUUCGGGUGCCAACCACUAUAGCUCUGAUUCUCAGCUCGCAGCUAGUCUUACGCCUAUGACUUUAGAAGACACCAAAACACUUGGAGGAAAGAAAAAGAUCCUCUCACCAUCAGCUUCUUUGCUCUCAGGGUCCAAAGAAGUGUUGGAGAACGUGGCCCCAGGCCCCCUGGGCAGGAGAAAUCAUGCCAUUUUAGAAAGACGAGGGUCAGGAGCGUUCCCUUUAGAUCACAGUAUUGCUCAAACCAGGGCCGGGUUUCUGCCUCCGUUACAUGUAAAUCCUUACCCUCCCGGCUUGGAUAGCAAUACCAACAACAAGAUGUCUAGUCUGCUCGCUUGUGGGCAGAAAGUGCUCAUACCCACAGUUCCUAUUUUUCCUAAAGAAUACAAAAGUAAUAAAAUGUUAUUAAGGAGACAGUCAUUGCAAACAGAACAAAUUAAGCAAUUGGUAAAUUUUUAA